GGAGGAUGGGAGGGACAGGGGUGCUCUACCAUGCACUGUUGCUAUCCCUUAUGGGUAUUAUAAAUGGUAUCACCUUGGAAAGUUCAUGGGCUCAGUUCUCAGGGCUGGGGAGAAGAGGGAUGGGCCUUCAGGGCAUUUUCCUCCUUUUCUGCCAUGAUCCCUCUGUGACCCACUGACUUCUGAUGACCCAUUUUCCACUCAGUGGGCCCUGUGGAUCUCGACCAGGGCUUAAAAAAAAGGCCGAAGUAUUCCAUACGCAGGAAGUUCAUGUUCGGGCUGGGGUCUGGCCCUGGAUGGUCAGUAUACAGAUUAUCAGCCACUCUGGGGGAAGAUACCAUGUCUGUGGGGGAUCCUUAUUGACCUCCAUUUGGGUUCUCACGGCUGCACACUGCUUCAAGAACAAAAUUGACCUGAACAUGUGGCGGCUGCUGGUCGGUGCCUGGAAGAUUCAGUGGCGUGUGGGGAUCCCCUUGGAUCCCCGUGUGCAGGAGCGGAAACCUGUUCAGAUCCUGAUACAUGAGCUAUACAAUAUUCAGCACAACACCAAUGACAUUGCACUAGUGCAGAUGGAGAGCCCUGUCCACUGUGAUGAAAUGGUGCAGACCGCCUGUCUCCCCCAUUCCAAUGAGUCCCCCAUCCGGGCACCAGAGUCCUGUAUUGUUGCAGGUUGGGGGUUCAUGUAUGGCUAUGCUGGGUUGCCGGCACUGAUUGUACAGGAGGCAAAGGUGAUAGUAGUUGAUUUGGAAAAAUGCAAUGAAUCUGAUUGGUACCAUGGGGUCGUUCAUGCGAACAAUCUGUGUGUUAGCUACCCAGAACAGACCGUGGACACUUGCCAGGGAGACAGUGGAGGGCCGCUCAUGUGCAAGGACAGUGAGACUAAAAAAUAUGUGGUUCAUGGAAUCGCAAGCUGGACUAUUGGCUGUGCUCGGAUAAACUUGCCAGGUCUCUAUAUGUCCACCUGGUACUUUCUGAACUGGAUCACUUCCAAGAUCGAUUCUGAUAAAAAGAUGACUACUCUGUCUUCAGCUGCAGAAACCUCGGCUUCAAUGUCAUUCCCUUAUCUAGAAAUUCAGGGCAGAGGGUCAGCUCAGAAGGUUGAAGAGGAUGUCUCCCACUCAAGCAUCCCAGGGCAACAUUCAAGAUAGAAGAACGUGGCUCUUCCUUGCUUGACUUUGCUGCAUCUGUUCUUCACCCUCCAAGGGGAAAAAGGGCUGCUGUGAGACCACUGCUGCUUCAGCAGUCUCAGGACCAAUCUCUCUCCUGCUCUUUCUGGCUUUCAACUUUCAUUAGCUGGGGAAGGAAGAAACAAACUCAGCUCACUGAAUAGUAUUUUUUUGUUUUCAAUCAA